GGAAGAAGAUGGGUGGCUCAACUAGAAUUGGUCGGCUCUGCUGAUCAUCGGCUCUCUGGCGCCACCUACUGUCGGGCUCCCUGCCCUCCGUCCUAUCAUUCCCGAUGGACAUCACCCGCUGCUGCUCAUCACCAUUUCUCUCCUUUUUGCUUCCAAGGGUGGCCCUUUAAAAGGGUUAAAACCACAGAGCACCGAUUCCCAGAGAAGCCAAGAAAUUUGAAAAGGAGGGGGGGGCGGACUGUAAAUACUGCAAAGUCCCUUCCUCCUCCAGCUCCUAGCUAAGCUUGUGCUGUGGAGCUAUUGUUGUGUUUUCCUUGCUGCAGACCUGAGGUGGGGAGACCCUUGUGGAUUCUGCUGCUGGGGCUAGCCUGGGACAAGAAGCCAAGUAAACUUAGAAAGAAGAAACUCCCCCCAAAGCUUCUUGUUUGUGUGUGUGAGAGAGGCGAAUUGGAGUAAAGCCUUGGCCCGAGAAAAAUGGCUGCCGAGCAAGGGAUUCUGGGAGAUCUGGUUCCCCGGUUCCAAGCCGGGCUACAGCCAGGGGAGGAAAUGUUGCAGUGUGGACUCCUGAGCCCCAAACCGGAGGAAGAAUUGGAGGGAAAAAGUGAAACGUCUCCCAGGAUCCCAACCGAACUUCCCCAAAGAAUGACGUCCCCGCACAUCAAAGAGGAAGCCGACGAAGGUUUGGCACAGCAGUGGGAGCCUUGGUGGCAGCACUUCCCAAGGGAGCCACGGCCCUUUCACACAAUCUGGGGGGGCGCGCCCUCCCCCUGGGGCCAUGCCGAAGCUUCGCCCUCUUCUUUCCAGGGGUCAGGUCAACCUGGCGACCGACUCGGAGGAGAGCGGGUGGCCCAGCCGUGGCCUGGCCCUGGCAGAGACGUUCAAGUGCUGGCUGGCGGGCCGCUAGCCGACGGUGAGGCAGCCUGCGGGAAAGUCAAGGAGAAGGCGUCCCUGGAUGAAGAGGCCGCCGACACGGAGAAGUGCCGCCGGCGGUUCCGGCACUUUGGCUACCGGGAGGCUGAGGGCCCCCGCGAGGCCUGCAGCCGCCUCUGGUUCCUGUGCUACCAGUGGCUGAAGCCGGAGAGGCGCACCAAGGAGCAGAUCCUGGAGCUGCUGAUCCUGGAGCAGUUCCUGGCCGUUCUGCCGCCGGAAGUGCAGAGCUGGGUGAAGGAUCGCGACCCGGAGACCUGCGUCCAGGCGGUGGCCCUGGCAGAGGACUUCAUGCUGAGGCAGGAAGAGGAGCCCCUGGGAGCAGGCGGUGAAGUCUCCGAGUCUCUCAGACAAGGAGAGAAGGGUUUUGGGGCGCUGUUGCCUUUGCAACAUAUGGAGAAAGUGGUGUCUGGGCUUCUGGCGGAGGUCUGCCUGUAUUCUUCCAAAGCGAGAGGCACCUUCAAAACGGACAAGCAGGAGAGCGGCAGAGAUGCUUCUUUGCAGGAUCUUCCAGCAGAUAAUUUGCCAGAGAAGGAGGCCUCGGCCGUUUUGCCCCAGGAAAUCCCGAGGCAAGAGGAUCCGUUGCGAGACUGCGGGAGGGACUUUGGUGCCGGUUCAGACGUGGCUGAGCGCGAAGACGCGCCCCCUGGCCUGAAGCCUCACAAAUGCUCCGAGUGCGGGAAACGGUUCCAUCAGAUUUCCCACCUUAACAGGCACCUAAGAAUCCACACCGGCGAGAAACCGUACAAGUGCCUGGACUGUGGGAAAAGUUUCACGCAGGGCUCUUGCCUACUGGGUCACCAGAGGAUCCACACGGGCGAGAAAGCCUACUCGUGCUCCUACUGCGACAAAAGCUUCAUUUGGAGCUCAGGGCUCCACCAGCACGAGAAAAUCCAUCUGGGCGAGAAACCUUACAAGUGCUUGGAGUGCGGGAAGAGCUUCCACCGGAGCUCUGCUCUCACCGACCACGUGAGGUCCCACACCGGAGAGAAGCCGUACACCUGCUCCGACUGCGGGAAAGGCUUCAGCCAGCACUCCAACCUCAUUGUGCACCGGCGGGUCCACACUGGGGAGAAGCCGUACACCUGCUCUGUUUGCGGGAAAAGCUUCACCCGCACGGCGUUGCUCAUGGCGCACCUCAGGAUCCACACAGGAGAAAAACCCUACAAAUGCUUGAUCUGCGAGAGGAGCUUCAGGGAGAGGCCAGCUCUUACGAAACAUAAGAAGGUCCACAUGAGAGAGAAUUUGUAUGUGGGUUCUUUCGUGCUUGAGAAGGUUGGAGCGAUGGCUGAAGCUCUUCUCGCAGAUCGAGCAGUGAAACGGUUUCUCCCUCGUGUGCGUCCUGUGGUGAACGACAAAGGCCGACUUGUCCCGGAAGCUUUUGGGACAGUCUGGGCACUGGAAGGGUUUUUCUCCCGUGUGGAUCUUCUCGUGCUGAACCAGGCCGGCGUUCUGAGAGAAGCAUUUCCCACACUCGGCACACUUGUAGGGCUUCUCGCCCGUGUGGGCUCGCUUGUGUUUCAUGAGGGACGAGCUUUCGACAAAGCUCUUAUCACACACCGUACACUUGUAGGGCUUCUCUCCCGUGUGGAGCCUCUCGUGCGUGAGGAGGUUUGUGCGAUGACGGAAACGCUUGCCACACCCAGAGCACGGGUACGGUUUCUCCUCGGUGUGGAUUCUCCGGUGCACGACAAAAGCCGACCUGUUCCUGAAGCUUUUGGGACAGUCGGGACACUGGUGCGGUUUCUCGCCCGUGUGGAUUCUCUGGUGUCGGUUAAGGUCAAAUCUCUGCCGGAAGCUUUUCCCGCAGUCUGGGCAAUGCCACCGGUGGCAGAGCCUCCACAGCAUCCCACAGAGAUCUCGCGGCCCCUCGGCCUCCUGGUAGAGGAACUGCCUGAAGCACAGGCGCUCCACCUCCUGGCUGGGAGCCUCCUUCUUCACUUCCACACGGUCCAGGGCCAAAACGCUGAGCAGUUUACCUGCAAAGUGCUGGAAGCAGAGAGCAGCAAGAGGUUUGCUGCUGCCUCGCCGCCUCUGAGCAUCCCAGAGAGGGCAAACUACAGUUCCCAGUAUAAAACUGGGUUUGCCUCGUUGCAAUCCGGCUUAAGGGUUAAAGUGUGCGAGUUUGCACCCCUAGAAAAGCGAAUUGGCAGGAAGGAAAGAUCUGCAAUGGGGCUGAAGUCAUUUCCUGCCCCGCCUCUUGUAGGGAGAUGGUUGUGUGUGUGUUUUUUAGGGGUGUUGCUGUUCAUUGAAUUGUUUCGUGGUGGAGAUCAACGCCUGCGGAGCCUCUUCGCUCAAAGAGGAUUUAGGAGAGAAGAGUCGAGGCGGGGAAGCAGGAAGGCAAAAGUGUCGGUGCUGUUGAUGGAUUGGGCCGCUACCUUCCCCGAGGCAGAGGAUGCUCCUUCAGACAGUGCACAGAGGCUCGUGUCCCAGGGAGUCAAGCAGGAGGAUGGCCAAGAUUCACUGGAAGGAGGACGCUGGGAGAGGGAAAACGAAGGCGAACAAGGAGGAGCGUCUACAAAAAUGGAAGAUCUAGACGUGGAUGUCAGCACCAGUACUCAAGAUGAAGCCACGAGGCAGCAAGGCAGGAAAACGUCCACCAGAGAUAAGCGCGGCAGUCCGUCCAACGCUAGCAAAGAUGGGGAGGCCCACGAAAACCCAGCCCAAGUAGAUGUGCAGGAGGAAAAGAGAAGGAACAAGUGCCCUGUGUGCGGGAAAAUGUUUUGUUCUAAGUCACGCCUUAACGUACACCAGAGAAUCCACACCGAGAAGAGGCCCUAUCAGUGCUUUGAGUGCGGGAAGGGUUUCAGGCAGAGCGGGCAUCUCUCUCAGCACCAGAGAAUGCACACGGGAGAAAAACGAUACAAGUGCUUGGAGUGUGGGAAGAGCUUCAGCCAGAGCACCUAUUUUAUCCUCCACAAAAUAACCCACACGGGAGAGAAGCCGUUUACGUGCCUGGAGUGCGGCAAGAGCUUCAGUCACAGCAGGCGGCUGACCAUCCACCGCACCAUCCACACAGGGGAAAGGCCAUACAAGUGCAAGGAGUGUGGGCAGAGCUUCAGCCAGAGCACGCACCUUACGUCUCACCAGAGAAUCCACACCGGGGAGAAGCCCUACAAGUGCCAGGAGUGCGGGAAAUGCUUCAAUCAGAGCACGCACCUCACUUUGCAUCGAAGGAUCCACACCGGGGAGAAACCUUACCAGUGUUUAGAGUGUGGGAAGUCCUUCAGCCAGAGACCACACCUUACUUUGCACCGGAGAAUCCACACAGAGGAGAAGAUGUACAAAUGCUCAGAGUGCGGGAAGAGCUUCCAUCGGAGCGACCACCUGACCUCGCACCUGAGAGUGCACACGGGAGAGAAGCCGUACCAGUGCUCACAGUGCGGGAAGAGCUUUAGCCGAAGCGCAAUCCUGACGAAGCAUCAGAUAACCCACAAAGGUGGAGAAACUCCCGUGGGAACAGAUGAAGGCUCUGCCUGAGCAUUUCCUGAGAAAUUCCGGCCAGUUGUGACGCACUGCUGUUCCAGUUGUGGUGCCGCUCCAGAGAGAGGGUUGACGUGUGAUUACACUGUACAGUGGUACCUCGGGUUACAGAUGCUUCAGGUUACAGACGCUUCAGGUUACAGACUCCGCUAACCCAGAAAUAGUACCUCGGGUUAAGAACUUUGCUUCAGGAUGAGAACAGAAAUCGCGCGGUGGCGGCAGCAGGAGGCCCCAUUAGCUAAAGUGGUACCUCAGGUUAAGAACGGACCUCCGGAACGAAUUAAGUUCUUAACCCCGAGGUACCACUGUAUAGCAGCACAAUCCUUGGGCUUCCUGGAUCAAAUGGGAUGUGCUUCAAAUGUCAUUCAUAUGCUCUUUACACUAGAGUUGGAGAAUCCCAUAGCUCUCCUCUGGAUCAAGUCCCCUUAAGCCCCAGUCAGCAUGGCUGAUGGUCAGGAAUUAUGAGUGUUGUAGCCCAACAGCUUCUGAGGGCUCACGGGUUUCCCUAUCCGUACUGCAGAUCAGCGGUUCCCAAACUUUUUUCGGGCCAUUGUUUUGAUAAACUUGUGCCCCGUGCCCCAACCCAUACUGUUUCAAAAUCAUUAUUCAGGAUAGCAGUUUGCACAAUUUCCUUAAGAUAGUAACACAAUAAAAUAAUUCCGGCUUGGGAAUGACUUAGUUUAAUUUAUUUUAACAAACUGGUGAACUUGAUCCAUUUUGUUGUAGGUUUUUAAACAGGUUAGAUGAUUGUCUGUCGUGGAUGCUUUAGCUGUGAUUCCUGCACAGCAGGGGGUUGGUCUAGAUGACCACUGGGGUCCCUUCCAAUUCUCCUGUUGCCUCUUAGCCCUCAGCUAGGAAAUCCCACCCCCACCCCAGGGGAUGGUACUGCCCAUUUUGGGAACCACUGAUCUCGAUUAAAGAGCUCACAUAGGUGGAAAAUCCUGUAAAAUGAAAAUUGUAUGCUCACAGAGGACAUUCCCAGCCACGCUCUUUAUUAGCCUUUUUUAGCCUAGUGCCCUCCAGAUAAUUCAGACUAUUUUGCUGCCUCUUUCUCUGCAAAAAGUCAUCUGGAGUUUGAGGGAUCCUUUCCUCCUCUCUGUCCUGGUUUGUCGAUAAGCAGCUAGGGUACUUCUUCUUUCAAGUAGAUGGGCUGGUGGAAGUAAAAUGUAGAAAACUGCCUUAUUUCAUCCUUUCUUUGUCCAGUCAUUACAGUUUUAUUAGUUUCAGACUAAGACCUGAGAGAUCUGGGUUCAGAUCCCCACUUAGCCAAGAAAGGGAGGCAAAUAUUGGCAACCUGCAUCCCGGGGUGGUUGUUACGAAUAACACAAUCACAGUUGUUCAAGACCCUGGAAGUCAGUUCUUGUCGCACCAGGGAAUGUAUAUUCUUCAAAUGAAUUUUUUUAAGAACUAGGAAGCAAAUCCUGCUAUUUGUUAUUAUUCAUUUGUACAUGGUUGGUGAUAUUAAUAAAGAAACGAGCCUGU